GCUCGACUUUCAUACUUCGAGUAUCAGUAUGAGUUACGUCGAGUAUGGGUCACGUCGAGUAUGGGUUACGUCGAGUAUGAGUUACGUCAACUAACAAUGCCAACAUUUCCUGUUGUUGUGAAGAUUGGACACGCUCAUUCAGGCAUGGGAAAGAUCAAGGUAGACAACCACUACGAUUUUCAGGACAUAGCCAGCGUGGUAGCACUUACUCAGACCUACGCCACUACUGAACCCUUCAUAGACUCCAAAUAUGACAUCAGGAUCCAAAAGAUAGGCAGUAACUACAAAGCAUACAUGAGAACUUCCAUAUCCGGAAACUGGAAGACAAACACGGGCUCUGCAAUGUUGGAACAAAUUGCUAUGUCAGAUAAGUACAAGCUUUGGGUUGACACCUGUUCUGAAAUAUUUGGUGGUUUGGACAUCUGUGCUGUUAAAGCUGUACAUGGAAAGGAUGGAAAAGAUUAUAUUUUUGAGGUCAUGGACUGUGCAAUGCCUCUGAUCGGUGAGCAUCAGACUGAAGACAGGCAACAUAUAACUGAUCUAGUCGUAAGCAAAAUGAACCAAAUGUUGUCCAAAACUCCUAUACCAUCUCCUCAGAGACCCACUGCCACUCAGCAGCCUCAGGUAGGAAACCGUUGCUUGUAA